CGUUAACAGUGAUAUGUAAAUAAUAUAACAAUAAAAUGCGACUUCCGUGAACGCCAAUUACCAAAAAUUUGAGUGAAAUUUUCUAAAUUUCUCUUGUUCAUAUCUUAAUAAGACAGCAAAAACGUUUAAAAACGCUACUAGAGCAGCGACCAGUGCAAUGCCACUGGCUGAUUUGAAUAAAGACUUACGGCAGCUGGGUGUAACCAGUAACAAUAGCGCCCACAAUAAUAAUGGCACGCAGCGUAUGCAGAUUACUUCGUCUGGAUGUAGCAGCUUGGCUGUUACUCCAAUGGAACAUACGCCCACUGAUGAAGAGGGUGGCGUUACGACGGUGACGUCAUCGCAGCGCAGACAGCAACAGCAUCACCAACAACAAAAACUGCAGCAAGUGCAGCAAACAGCACUGCAGGCAGCGCUAGAGCAGCAUCACAUAUCGCCAACACCAGGUGACUCCUCAGAACUAAUGGAGUUAAGUGAUUCAGAAGGUUAUACAUGUGCUGUUGGCGAUGCAAAUUUAAGAGAAAAUGAGUUUGAGUUGCGAGAAGUCGUUAAGGAAGGUCACGACAAGGCCGACCCUUCACAGUUUGAAUUGUUACGUGUACUCGGUGAAGGUAGUUUUGGCAAAGUUUUCCUUGUGCGCAAAAUUGUUGGUAAAGAUGCGGGCACAUUGUACGCCAUGAAAGUUCUGAAAAAAGCAACCUUGAAGGUCAAGGACCGAGUACGUAGCACAAACGAGCGUAAAAUUUUAGCGGAUGUAGGUCACGCUUUCAUAGUAAAGUUACAUUAUGCCUUUCAAACUCCUGGCAAAUUGUAUCUGAUAUUAGAUUUCCUACGUGGAGGCGAUCUAUUCACACGUCUCUCUAAGGAAGUUAUGUUCACCGAGGAAGACGUCAAAUUCUAUUUAGCUGAACUCGCGCUCGCCCUGAAUCAUCUACAUACCUUGGGAAUUAUAUACAGAGAUUUGAAACCUGAAAAUAUACUACUAGAUGAGCAUGGUCACAUAGCGUUAACAGAUUUUGGACUUUCUAAGCAACCACUCGACGGUUCCAAAACGUAUAGUUUUUGUGGGACAGUAGAGUAUAUGGCACCUGAAAUAGUUAAUCGUAAAGGACAUGACUUUGCUGCAGAUUGGUGGUCUUUUGGCGUAGUUAUGUAUGAAAUGUUAACAGGUAACCUACCGUUUCAUGGCCAGACCAGGCAAGAAACAAUGAAUCAGAUAUUACGCUCCAAGUUGGGUAUGCCCGAAAAUCUGUCACCAGAAGCACAAUCAUUAUUGCGUGCACUUUUUAAACGCAAUCCACAGAAUCGGCUUGGUGCUGGUGAACAGGGUAUCUUGGAUAUAAAGGCACAUUGUUUUUUUGAUACAAUUGAUUGGUUGGGUUUGGAACGUAAGGAUGUGCGGCCGCCAUUCAUACCAGCAGUUUCGAGGGACGAUGCAUUUUAUUUCGAUGUUGAGUACACUUCUAAAUCGCCACGUGAUUCACCUGGUGGCCCAAUAUCUGCAUCGGCACAUGAAAUAUUUCGUGGUUUCAGUUUUGUGGCACCAGUUUUGCUGGAUCAAACAUUGUCACCAAAUAAUUCAAGUGCCCACUCGCCUAUAUUACCUAUAGCGCAUACGCCACGCAGUUUACCAGGUGUGUUGCCUGGUAGCUUUCAUGCAGAUUACAAUCUACUGCAGGAACUGGGGCGUGGCACGUUUUCCGUUUGCCGUUUAUGUGAGAAUCGUUCAACGAAGAAGCAUUUUGCUGUGAAAAUUAUUGAAAAAGCAGCAGUAGUCGCAUGCUCCGCUUCGGCGGAUUGUUGGGAAGAAGUUGAGAUAUUGUUACGCUAUGGCAAUCAUCCGAAUAUUGUGACUUUGUUCUCUGUGUACGAGGACACAACGUCAGCUUAUUUGGUUAUGGAACUGUUGAAGGGAGGUGAACUCUUGGAUCGGAUUUUGGCUGUGGGACAAAUGUGUGAGAGUGAGGCGAGUGCUGUGUUGCGUACUGUGGUUUCCGCUGUGGCUUACUUGCAUGAACAUGGGGUUGUGCAUAGAGAUUUAAAACCUUCAAAUAUGAUAUAUGCUAGUAUGAGACAGACUCCAGAAACUUUAAAGUUAUGUGAUUUAGG